AAUGUGAACCCAUUCCUAAAGAAAAAGGAAUACAGAGAGGAUUGUAACUUUCACUGAAGACUUCAAGAAAAUAUCAGAGAGAUUCUUGUGUCUUGAGUGAUCCAGCCUGCAUUUCCACACCGCUGUCAGCUGAGGAAUCAUGGGACUGCUAAAAGUGUCUGUCGUCUUUCUACUCUCACUCAUCACAAUGACAUUAGCCGAGCCGCCUGGAUGCAAGAUCCGCAUCACCAAAAAAGGACUGGAGAUGUUGAAGGCAGAGACCAAGAAGUUUGUGGAAGAAGAGCUGAGUAACAUCACCAUGCCAGAGAUGCAAGGAUCCGAGGGCCGUUUCCAGUACACCAUCAAUAAUGUGAGGAUUAUCGAGCUGAACCUGGCGUCUGACCUGCGCUUCCAGCCGGAUGUUGGUCUGCUGUUUGAGGUGCAGAACUCCUCCAUCACCCUCAACUUCCAGAGACGCAUCCUUUACUGGCUCUUUUAUGAUGAGGGAGCCAUCAACGCCUCAGCAGAAGGUGUCAACAUCUUCACCGUCCUUCAUCUCAGCAAAGACGACGAGGGUCGUCUGAAGAUCUCCAACGUCACCUGUGAUGCCUCCAUCGCCAAGAUGAGAGCCAAAUUCAGUGGGACCCUCGGGAGGGUUUAUGACUUCAUUGGGACGUUCUUGACUACAGGAAUGCGCUUCCUCUUAAAUAAACGGAUUUGUCCAGUCCUGAAUCAUGCUGCUCUAGUUUCUGUGAACCAGCUUCUGGAAACAAUCCCAGUGCGUGCACAGGUGGACAGUUACAUAGGCAUCGAUUACUCUCUGCUGAGUGACCCUGUGGUGACAGAAACCAGCCUUGAUAUGGAUUUCAGGGGCAUGUUUUAUGAUCUUAAGAAUGAGAACGACACUCUAGUGAACUACGCAGUGAAUCCAGUAGUGAGAGAGUAUGAUCGUAUGAUUUAUCUGGCUCUCUCCGAGUACUUCUUCGACAGUGGCCUCUACUCUUACUUCAAAGGUGGACUUUUCCAACUGCAGAUUGCAAACGAACGGAUGCCAAAAGACUUGGAGGUCCUCCUCAGAACAACCUACCUAGGGACAAUCAUGAUGCUGAACCCAGCACUGAUGGACCAGCCCCUGUCUCUAGAGUUUGAGGUCACCGCUCCUCCUCGAUCAACCAUCAAGACCUCUGGUGCAAGUGUGGCCGUCAACUGUAACGUCAAAGUGUUGGUCCUUCCAGCCGGAAAACCAGCCGUCCAGCUCAGCAGCAUGACCAUGGAAGGUAAAUUCAACGCGAAAGUGUCAAUGAAGGGCAAACGCCUCGCCAUCCACUUAGAUCUGAGAAGGUUUAAGAUUUUCUCCAAUCAGUCUGCUCUGGAGUCUUUAGCUCUUAUUCCACUGCAGGGUCCCCUGAAGACCAUGCUGCAGAUAUCUGUGGUGCCUCUCAUUAACAAUUACACCAAGCGAGGGGUGCAGAUCCCUUUACCAGACGGGAUAGACUUCAUCGAAGAGGUCGUGGAGUAUCACAAUGGCUACAUCAUCGUGGGGGCGAAUUUACACUUCCAGACGGGUCUGAGAGAAAUGAUCGAGGGGAAGCUGGUGGGAGAAUCCGACAACUCCAUUUAAGCGCGGUGAAGAUGUUGAUGCGCGCGUGUCCUGCACAGACACUACAGCAAUAAUGAGGGAUUUGCGAGAAGAAAACUAACCUUCCAGCAUGACGUUUAACUGAUCCUCAAAACCUGCUGUCACCACAGUCAACAUCAACUCCACAUUCACCACCUUUACUCUCCGAAUAGAAUACACACUUAGGGCAGAAAAACUGAUUGAUAAUGCUCGAAUUUGCUUUAAUGCUGAUAAGCAGCGCUGCCUUAUGUAACAUUUCUGAAUAGGUAAUAAAAUAAUUCAAUGGUAAUAUGUUCAA